AUGGAGCAAGAGCAGAUCAAACUCGAGAAUGGAGAAGACGACAGCUUCCAAGAUGAUUCGAUCGAAGAUACAGAAGCAGAUGCCCCGACAUGUCCCAUCUGCAGCAUCAGUCUGGCUGGUGUAGCAGAAUCAGAUGCAGGCGUACACGUCAACAACUGUCUAGAUGGGAAUCCGACGCCGUUGCCUAUAAAGAAAGAAAAGCCACCACCAGCCACUAUCUCCUCAGCACACUUCAAGAAGCCUGCCCGUCCAGCAAAACCCGCCCAGUCACAACCGCUCGGUAGCGAUGCCUCAAGUUCCGCCUUUUCAAAGCUUAUGACUAGUCGAUCCGAAGACAUGGCAUGGGCCAAUGCUGCCGCUGCCGAAAAUGCUUCUCGUGGAAAACCAAGCUACACACGCACAUGUCCAUUCUACAAGAUCUUACCCGGUACCAACAUUGCUGUCGAUGCCUUCCGCUAUGGCGCCGUCGCUGGCUGUAAUGCCUACUUUUUGAGUCAUUUCCACAGUGAUCACUACGUCGGUCUGACGAGCACUUGGUCACAUGGUCCUAUCUACUGCAGCAAGGUCACUGCCAAUUUGGUCAAACAGCAAUUGCGGGUCAAUCCAGAGUAUGUCAUCGCCCUAGAUUGGGAGGUGCCGACAGAAGUGCCAGGUACCCCUGGUGUAAAAGUGACCAUGAUAUCAGCGAACCAUUGUCCCGGCUCAUCAUUAUAUCUGUUCGAGAAGCCAUUGACCAAAGGCCCAGAGCCAAAGCUGCAACGCAUCCUGCAUUGUGGUGAUUUCAGAGCAUGUCGUAUGCAUCUUGAGCACCCUUUGCUUCGACCGGAUGUGCAAGACCACAUUACGGGAAAAAACAAAGAGCAGAAGAUUGAUGUCUGCUACCUCGACACCACCUACCUGAACCCCAAAUACGCCUUUCCGACACAAGAAGAUGUCAUCAAGGCAUGCGCCGACAUGUGUGUGAGAUACAAUGAUGACCCUCUAGUUCUCGAUACACUCAAGUCAGAGAGUGCAGGCAUGGCAAGCUUCGUCCGCAAAGAUUCACAACCGUCCCUCAAACAAGAAAACUCAGAUAUCGAGAUCAAGCAAGAACCCUCGGAGUCGACAGAACUCAAGCUUCACAACAAUGGCAAAUUGACCAGCACAAAAGCCGCACGUCUACUGGUCGUCGUAGGCACCUACUCCAUCGGCAAAGAACGCAUCUGCAUCGGCAUAGCCAAAGCCUUGAACUCAAAAAUCUACGCUCCACCAGGCAAACAACGCAUCUGUCGUGCCUUGGAAGACCCAGAACUGAGCUCGUUGCUCACCACCGACCCACGCGAAGCCCAAGUCCACAUGACACCAAUCUUCGAGAUCCGCGCCGAUACCCUCGAUGACUAUCGCCAAGGGUACUCCGACCACUUUGACCGUUGCAUCGGUUUCCGUCCUUCAGGUUGGAACUACAAACCGCCCUCCUCCCGCCUUGAAACCCCAAACGUGUCCAACAUUCUCUACUCUACAUCAUGGAAAUCUGCCUAUAGCAUUAAAGACCUGUCCCCACAACGAGGAUCCACGAACAGGGCCAAAUGUUUUGGAGUCCCGUAUUCUGAACAUAGCAGUUUUAGAGAGUUGAGUAUGUUUUGUACGGCGUUGAGGAUUGAGAAGAUCAUUCCCACUGUUAACGUGGGGAGUGCUAAGGGGAGGGAACGGAUGAAGGGGUGGGCGGAUAGGUGGAUUGCUCAUAGGGAGAAGAAUGGGUGUUUUGAGGUUAAGGAUUGGUGA